AGCCAUUUUUGCGACUAGAGACCUGCCGCGGAGUGGACCCGACUAUUGCGCCUUUUCUGGAGGCCAUGGAAAUCACAGAGCCGGUGCAGCUUGUGCCGACGAACGAGCCCGAAGUCGAGAGGGAGGAGGCCAUUGGAAUCCCAGAACCGGUACGGCUUGUGCCAACGAACGAGCCCGAAGUUGAUAGGAAGGAGGCCUGCAGUACGGCUCGUGCCAACGAACGAGCCCGAAGUCAAGAGGAAGGAGGCUGUGGAAAUCAAGGAUCCUGUGCAGCCGAUGCCGGUGGACAAUGCCAACCCUCAUGACGAAGGAGGGAGCGAGGCAAACUCAAACGAUGCUGACAUGCCGGAAGGGGAGAGGACUCAGGC